AUGAAGAAGCUGCUGUACAGGACGGAGGAAGAAACGGUGGUGUAUGAUAACGUGUUGGAGGGUUUGUAUUCGUUGUAUAAGACAUAUAUCUUAGAAUUAGAAAAUGAAUUUAACUAUUAUCAUUUUUAUAAACCUUUGUUAACAAGCGGAGAUUUUUUAUCAAAGCCUAUGAUCUUGUUAUUAGGACAAUAUUCAACAGGAAAGACAACGUUCAUAAAACAUUUAAUUGAAAAGGAAUAUUGUGGUAUGAGAAUAGGUCCUGAGCCCACAACAGAUAAGUUCGUAGCAGUUAUGUAUAAUGAAAAAGAACAGCUGAUACCAGGUAAUGCAUUAGUUAGUGAUAUAACGAAACCAUUUUCCCAGUUAGAAAGUUUUGGUAAUAGCUUUUUAUCAAAACUAGAAUGUUCCAAUACAUCUAGUGAUGUAUUAAAGUCUAUAACAAUAAUUGAUACUCCAGGUGUGUUAAGUGGAAUAAAACAAAUUAGUAGAGGUUAUGAUUUUGAAAAAGUAAUUUACUGGUUUGCACAAAGAGUAGAUUUAAUAUUAUUAAUAUUUGAUGCACAUAAAUUAGAUAUAUCCGAUGAAUUUAGAAGGUGUAUACAAGCUAUAAAAGGUCAGGACUCCAAAAUACGAAUUAUAUUAAAUAAAGCGGAUACAAUAAAUACACAACAGUUAAUGAGAGUAUAUGGUUCAUUAAUGUGGUCAUUGGGUAUAGUAAUAAAUACACCAGAAGUAAAUAGAGUCUAUAUUGGUUCCUUUUGGGAUAAAAAAUUAAUGCAUGAUGAAAAUAGGAGUAUAUUUGAAGAAGAAGCAUCUGAUUUAUAUAAAGAGUUAUCAAAAAUACCAAGGAAUUCAACAAUGAUAAGAUUAAAUGAUUUUAUUAAAAGGUGUAGAACGUUAAAAGUUCAUAUUUAUCUUUUAUCUCAUUUAAGAAAGAAAUUACCAUAUUUUAGAAAAGAUUAUAUUAAAAGGAAAUUAAUACGUUCUUUAGAUAAAAUAUAUGAAGAAGUAGCAAAGGAUUAUAAUUUACCACUUGGUGAUUUUCCACCUGUACAGUUCAUGAAAGAAAAAUUAUUUGAUAUUGAUUGGAUAAAAAUACCAAAAUUAGAUUUGAAAAAAAUUGAAAGAAUAAAUAAAGUGUUAAAUAUUCAUAUACCACAAUUAUUAGAAAUGAUACCAAAAGAAUCUGUAACAGUUGAGCAUUCAAGAUUCGAAACCCAAGAAGGAACGAUUGUAGAAAAUAAAUUAACUCCAUUUUUAGAAUUAACAUCAGGGGAAAUUCCUUUAUGGGUUAAACAAAAAUAUUUAAUGAGUCCAAUAGAUACAUCAAAAUAUUCCGAUGAUUUUUAUAAACUUGGUCCAAACGAUUUAGGAAAAUUAUCAGGGGAACAAGUCAAACAAGAUUUAAUUAAAAGCAAAUUGCCAAGUUCUGUUUUACACAAAAUAUGGAACUUGGCUGAUAUCAGCAAAGAUGGCUACCUAGACUUGUUCGAGUAUUCUCUGGCUCGACACUUCAUCGAGAUGAAAGCAGAGGGCUUCGAUUUGCCUUCCAAGGUACCAAAGGAUAUAAUAAAUGCGCACGAGUAUUGA